CACCACCCGUAGUACGGGCGUCCGUGUUCUCCGGUUCGAUUUGUGUGCGUGUUUUUUUUUUAACUCCAAAGCGCGAACGACUCGGCAGCGUCGCCGAUCCCUGAGCCGACCGAUACCCGGCUAUCACCUUUCGACGAGAUCGUGUUGUCGCGGCUCGCGGCUCGAAAUGACGGUACGUGGUGGAUAAACGACGGAAUUGCACACGGAAUAAGUACUCCAGUGGAGCGAGACUCUCCUCUGUGUUGCCAUUGACUCCUACGCGUGUCGUACAUCUUCCCCUUCGCCGCUAUAAAGCUGAAUUGAAACGCCGCUUUUCUCACAAAUCUUCACACGAUGACGGAUGACGGGACGGUCGAGAAGGAAAAACACAUGAAGCAGCUGAAGCGGAAGAUGGAGUGCUGGCGGGAGAUAAUUCUGCCUUUGAAUUCUAUCCUCUUGUGGGAACGUAGCUGGCAUCCCGGCCUGAUUGUCGGACUUGUCACAGUGAUAUUCUGUGCUAUAUGGAUUUUAGAACCAGCCUUGCUAACGAUGAUAUCUUUAUGCCUAUUGGUAUUCGCUCUCGUCGAUUACUUUGUACCAAUUUUAACUUCAAUCUUGUGCAACGCACAAAGUUGGACUGGACAAAAAGAGAAGAAAUUGAUUGAGAUUUGUCAAAAUCUCUCUGCCACCAUAUUGCAAGUGCAAGGUGCAUGGGCUUCCAUCUCGAAAUAUCGGAACGAUCGCCCUAAUCUUUAUUACAGCGCAACAAUUGUCUUUCUCGUGCUCUUCGCAUGGAUCGGUAACACGGUCAACAAUUUGCUUUUGCUUUAUGUCAUAGUGAUUGCAGUCCUUCUCACGCCAGGAUUCAGACAUAAAGGACGAGCGCGUUGGGGCGUGAAAUAUGUAUAUGAUCACUUAAUUCGCCGUCAUUUAUCAUAAUUGUUGUUUCGUAUGUAUCUCAUGUUCACCAAAACUCUUCGUACUUACAUUUAAUCCAUAUGCUCUCUCGAUAUAAAUUUCUUCAUAAUACUACGCUGUACGAUUUUACAUGUAUAUUCAUGUAACACGCGUGUGUAUUUGCGCAUAAAUUUCGUUGUAAGAACAUUGUAGUCAAAGUUUUCCGCUUUUGAUGAUAUAAAAGAUUAGUAUAAUGUAUAGUCUACUACGAAAACAGAUAUAACUUUAUCAAGUGAUAUUUAAUAUUGUAUUUGUCGAUGUGAUUUUGUAUAACUUACAUAAGUAUAACUUAAUAAUCAUAAGUCUGCCGUAGUAUUACGUCACUUUCAAGAGUUAAUGAAACUGUUUCAUUUUUCAUCAAUCUUAAUUUAAACUAUUUUAUUUAGAAUUAUAUUUGCAUAGUUUUAGAUUGUUACUAUAAUUUCUGUGCAAAAUAAAAUAUAUUAAAUUACAUUUGUUUUGUAUACGUAAGUCUUUUUAAAAAAAAAAGUCAACAUCAAGUUAAAAAAUGACGCCGUUUGGAAAUCGAUGUUAAAGGGUACGAUUUUCUCGACACUACAAAUACUUCGAAGCAUUUGAUUGAUCAAUUAGAACAAAGAAUGUUACAAACAAUUUUAUUAUUGGCCAAUCAAAGAUUGGCUUCCAAGUGUUUGUAGCGUCAAAUGGAUCGUAGCCAAAAUGCCAGUAGUGGUUGGUAUGCGGCUUACUAUAAAAUGAUAGAGGGGACAUAUACACAAGAAGUACGCAAUGUACGUUUGUAUGCGUACAUUUGGAGCUCGACCAUCUUUGAACACUAGGGCAGACAUAUGAUCUUCCUUUUUCUUUCGCGCUAAAUUCUUCAUCCUGUAAGCAGGCUCGACAAUUCAAAUAUCAAAUAAAGCGCGAGAGAGGAAAUUGUUCUGAACAUUGAAAAGUAUUUACUCUCAUGUUGUCCCUUUUACAUAAUCAAUUUUAAAUAUUACAAAACAUGUAACUUUGAUGUGCCUUUCGUGAUGAUUUCUCUUUAUUGUAAAUCUAAUUAUGUUAAAAUGAUCAAUAAUAUUUAUAACUCAUUAUUAAAAGAAUAAACACAGUAACCUAGCAA